UACACACACCGUAUCUGGUAUACUGUUUUUAUAAAUAACACAGCGCCGUAAUCUGGGAUAUAUCAAAACAUCUCUGUCUGUAGUGAAUUAAAAGCUUUUUAUUAUGCUGAAAGAAAGUGCCCACACAAUUUGGAUGUUUCUAUUUGCUCGUACAUUGGAUGUUAUACAAAUGCUUUAAACGAGGUUAAAUACACAAAAUGCACCUGCAGAUAUUUACGUUAUUGUGCAUGAAGGCAUGCAGUUUGCAGUAAAAUUAACUUAUAGCCGGCGGAAUAUAUCGAACUUGGGAAGUCAAAUAUAUAGCCUGAGAAUACGUCAAAUCAUAGGAUGUGGAAAGAACAAUAAUUUAACAUGUUUUGCAAGUUUAGGAGACGGUAUAGAAACAUCAUCUGGAGAGGCAGGUUGUAUUAUAGCAGUUUUGUGAUAUUGUGUUUUCUUUUCAUGAAUAUUAUGACAUUUCAACGGAACUUCACCGAAUUGGAAGGAGAAAAUAAUGUGGACCCCGGGGGCACAUCAUCGGAGUAUAAUUUAGGAAAUAUUGAUUUAAGAUACAACGUCUUUCACGAAAGAAAGUUGAAUUCUCGGGAAAGUCAGCGGUAUUUGUUACAAAAUAAAUUAUGGAAACUAUUGGAUAUAAUGGAAAGCAGUUUAGAGAACUCGAUCUCUUAUGGUGCUCCGGAAAAGGAAGUUUUAUUCGAGAGAUAUUUUCCUGACCAUCUGAUGUACUGUGAUGAUAUUGCAAAUAUAACUGACAGGACUUAUAUCGCAUCUGGCUGGACGAAAGCCGUUUUCAAGGGAACGUAUAAGGGGUCACCUGUCGCCUUAAAGACAGUUGAUGUCAAAGGUCAAGAUGUUACUACCUGCAUGGUUUCUGGAAAGUCGCAAACGGCGUGCUAUGUGAAAGCUGCCAAAAAGAUUGUCAAAGAGAUUGUGCUACUGCAGACUUUAGCUGGGGAAAAUGUUUUGAAGGUGCUUGGCUUCUGUCUUCCACGCAAUGUAGACAACAAUGUGCGGGUUGCUAUGGUUACGGAAUUAGGAGAAGCCGUAGAUUUAAUAAAACUGCUGCAAAUGUCAUGGGAAGACAGGCUUAGAGUAUGUUUGGAUAUAACUAGGAUUGUAAACUUCUUGAGCCAGACACCGUACGGUUCCAUGUCUAUGAAUGACUUCCGGCGCCAGCAGUUUGUCCUAGUUGACGGCAGCUUGAAGCUUUCCGACGUUGAUGACACAGGGUUCGAGAAUCCUACAUGUCGGACGUCAGACGACUGUGAUGUAAUCUUUUCUAGUGCUAAUUUCUCUAAGAGGACAAAUUGUGUUCAAGGAAGAUGUGUCAAAUACAAUGAAAUGAAGAACUUGUUCAAUGCCGGUCGCCAUUUUGUGAUAUUCCUCCUUCCUCAUGGUGCCCCUGUAAGGCUUCAGCCAAUUAUAGACGGCAUUGUGGAAGGAUACACCAAUCUCACCAUGUCGUCAGAAGAGCUACUGAAACAAAUGAAUAAGCUUGUGGCAUUGUAUCAGUCAGGGUGGUACCUAAACAGAACAAAUUCCAACUCCAGUUACAAAAAGAUAGAACAGUCGGACUUACCAGGGCAGUACGAUUAUCGCUGCCGACUGUCUGUCUCCAUGGCAACCUGCACAGUGUCCGUCUUUGAUCUGCUGGAGGCUGAAGAGGUUUGUAAUAACGACGAGGAGUGCCAGGGCUUUGUUGUGACACAACAGAAAACGUGGACAGGUCGACAGUUGAUACAUUUAAAAAAUGACAUAGGUGCGCCAACCUUCCAUCAAAAUACAACAUUAUACAUCAAGCCAAAUGGAUGAUCAAAUGAUUAAAAAUCCACAACGGACAUUAAUUACAAGGAGACAGAUGAUCAGUAGUGCACAGUUUGUGAUGUCCUGCAGACGGCGUGUCCAACCUGUCCAGGACAGAUUUUCCGAGAAUCAUAAUGACUUGAAGUAGAGAAUAACUAACAACGCCGAUAAGAAAUUUACCAAUGCAAAAUUCUUUUCUAAAGAAAAAGCGAACUCUAGUAAUUGUGCUAAUUUCAUUUUGCUUUAACAAUGGCAUUUAAAAACAUGCGUUUACAUAAAAAAGGUUCUGCGCGAGUUGCAUAUGCAAAUUUUUUUUAUUUUAGAUUGUUUAAAUAAUCCAAGACCACCGUACUCUUCAAGGAUAUGUUUCAAUUGGACUUGCAUGUUAUCCUGGUUACUUACUUUAAUCCUAAAAUUUAGAAUGAGUUGUAAUGGAAUGUGCAUAGCUACAUGUAUGCUAUGUUUUAUUGUAGCCUGUAGUUUGUACAUGGUUAAAAUAGAUGAUUGAAUUUAAGAUCAAAGUUAUAUGUUUAUCAGUCGCACGGAUUUGUGCUUGAAACGAAGGAUACAUGAAAAAUACAGGUGCAUUUCAGUAAUCAUGUACAUACCCAUGAAUUGCAAAAGUCUUUGUCAACCUUUUGAUCACUUCUCACCUAAUUUUAAAUAAAAAUCAUGAAAUUUCUUAACUGUUGAAGAGCUCAAAGUGAUAAUGUUAUGUCUACACAAAAUUUUCGGGUUAUCUAGUGGAUUUUACAAAAAAAUAUCCAUAAAAAAUCAUAAACUAACUUCAUCUUUCUACAUCCAUCUGGCACCAGAUAUAUCCUUUGAUGGACAAUCGCCGUAUAUGUUAGAGGUCAUGACUGAUUCUUCUCCGGAAACAUCACAUGAAUCAUUCUGCUACAAAAAACUGCAAAGAGCUAGGAUUAAUUAGCUAAACAUGCCUGUAUGUAAAGGAUUUUUACCAUAUAUAUAUCUUUCGGUUCUGCAUGGGAUGGUGCUGCUUUCUCUGUCCCUCAGGACAAAUCGCUAUGUGUCUGUACUAGUAGAAGAUACAUGUGGCUCCCAGAGUGGCUGCCUUUGUACGUAAAGCAACUUUAAGAGUGUUGUAUAUAUGAGACACGCCAUGAGAAAACCAACAUAGUGGGUUUGCGACCAGCAUGGAUCCAGACCAGCCUGCGCAUCCGCGCAGUCUGGUCAGGAUCGAUGCUGUUCGCUAACAGUUUCUCCAAUCCCAAUAGGCAUUAAAAGCGCACAGCAUGGAUCCUGACCAGUCUGCGCGGAUGCGCAGGCUGGUCUGGAUCCAUGCUGGUCGCAAACCCACUACGUUGGUUUUCUCAUGGCGCGGCUCAUAUGUCGGGUAUUAUACAAUUAGAACUUAAAACAUUAACAUACAUUUCAUGGGUCGUAAUUUUUACCAGUUACCUACACAUCUUGAAAAUCAGUUUCGACAAAUAACAAUAUAUGACGCAUUGUUAACAUAUUUAUAUGUAAAGUAAUUAACCUCUGAAAAAUUCUAAUAUUUGCAUAUUUCUCUGACUGUUAAUAACCAGCAAAUAUCAAAAAUGAUGUACUUUUAGAACCACAUAUUUUACCUUCGAUUACAAUGAGCCAGCCAAAGAUACAUGUAUAUCUUCAAUUAAGUCUUAAGUAUGAACUGCAAGUUUUGGACAAGUUCUUUUGUGUUGUGUAGAAAUGCUGUGAUGAAUAUCUUAUUUUUUAAAUAUUUUAUGCAAUUCUGAUAUGAACGGUAAUUGAGAUAAAUGAUCCAUUGUAAAUGCUAUGCUGGAAUAUUACUUUGGCAGUACUUGUUUAUGUCAUUUUAGGCACUAAUACAUUAUUUUUAAGUGUUUUCUCGUUUUGGAGUGAACGUUCAAUAAAUAUUUUAUAUAGAUGCAUCAGGAGAGUAACAACCGUUUUUGCAAUAUGCGUAAGUGUGAAAUCAUUUAAUUUCGUGGAUUUAAAGUUUCGUGGUUUUGUCAAAAAAGGGACGUGAAUUCGUGGAUUUCAACUUUUGAAGAUAAAAUGAAUGGAAAUUUAAUGUGUUCGUUGGGAUUUAAUUUCGUGGACUAACACAACCACACAAUCUACGAAAAUAAGCCCCCACCAAUUAUGAAUGAUUUUACUGUGUAUAGGCCUACAAAACAUGUACCUGUGUGCUUCUUAUUGAAAAAUAUGGUGUAUUACUACGUGUCUUAAAGUAAACUAACAUUAGAUAUAGUUACCAACACCUAUUACUCUGAGUAUCUUUGUCAUUUAAUGAUAAAGAUGAUGUCAACCAUUUCAGCAUUUUAUGGAUACAUCUCUGCUGUGAUAUAUGCCACAUUUACGUUUUAUUUUGUAACUUUUCCCUCUUCUGUGUUAUGUUAUUGUUGAGUGUUUGAGGGAGUAAAUUAUUCUUUACGUGCAAAAAUAGUACUGAUUGAAUAUAAUUGUUUGAGCUGGACACCUCAUAAAAAGGUCCAAGAUCCAAAACAUGUUUUGCCUAACAUGUUAUAUAUCACUAUAGUAUUGAAAAUGUUGUUGCAUUGUUCGUUAUACAUGUCUGAGUAAAUGAUGUAAGUAUUAAUGAUACAUAAAAGUUACAGCUUAAAGUGCCAAAAAAGGUAUUUUAGGAAACGUAUCAAUUUUUAAUGCUAUACACUAAAUUGCACUCAGUAAAGAAAGUGCAAAGUUUAUUGUAGAACAUUAACAGUUAUCAGUAUUGUGUUAGAUAUGAUUAUUUAAGCAUUUGAUCAUUACGUUUAACAUACCUAUACAUUUAAAUGUUUGAUGUUAACAAAUGAAUACUUAAGAAUAACUGAUAUCGAGAAAUUUAUUAUGUGAAAAAGACAAGAUUAUUUCAAUAAAAUUGAUUUAAACCACA